AUGGCAUCGCUCGGUAGUAAUCCUCCCGGUCCCCCAGUUACUCCGCCUUCUACACCACCACCCAACUAUGGCCCAACGGUCUCUCCACAGCUGAUAGGCUCCUUGCUGCAAUUCCUGCUUGCGGGUAUGCUCACCGUCCAACUUUACAUCUAUCAUAUAUGCUUCCCUCGAGACCCGCGUGGUAUCAAGGCACUAGUCUAUCUGGUUUUCCUACUCAUCUUCGCCCGUACGGUUCUCACGGGGACAGAAGUCGAGUUCUGGUUUGCUUCUGGCUUCGGGGACAUUCGCCGAUUCGUCAACCCACACGAUCUGCGGGUAUACACACCCAUUAUCGGACCGUUGGUGUUGCUUAUCGUGGAACUCUUCUUCUGCUAUCGCAUUGUCGCCCUGCGGGCAAAGGCAUGGCCAAUGGCCCUGCUCUCCGCCUUGUUUUCUGCAGCACAAUGCGCGUGUGGGGCAACCUGUGGUAUAUUUUACUUCAUUGGGGCUCGUGCUGUAACGAGCCCCCGACAUGCCGCCUAUGUGAACCUCAUCGACUUCUGGCUGAUAUGCGGGGUUAUAGCUGCAGUUCUCACAACUGGCACAAUAACCUACAUUCUCUUGACAGCAAGUGUGGCCCCGUCGACGAAAACCCUGAUGAAGAAUCUUAUAUGGCUGACGAUUGAGACGACUGCCAUUGCUGCGUCUGUGGAAAUUGUAGCGUUUGUGCUGCGGCGCGUAUAUCCGACCCGAGCUUAUUGGAUUUGCCCUGGUAUGAUGCUACCCGGCAUCUACGCGAACACACUCCUCGCUACUCUCAACAACAGAGCGCUCGCUCGUCUUUACCCGACCGAAUUCGAUGCUACCACCUUGGCCGAAUCCACGAUCGCAUUUUCCGGAAACCCAGUUCCCACUAGCACUUGCGGCGCUGGCCCACGGACAUUUGCGGCAGCGGCUUCUCUCGGGCGCCAGCCCAGCGUCAUGAGCCUGCGUUUCGCAGCCGCGUUCUCGGCUGCGCGCACACCUUCAAGAGAUAACUUGACACCUGAACUUCCAUCCGUCGAGGAUGAGUCAAUGGCCGAUUCCAAUUCAAGCCAUACGGCUCGGCGUAGUGGGACUAUUCGUCGGAAGUCGAGUAUGAACUCGCUCGCAUUGUCCGACGCUGGGACUCUGAUGGAGGGACAGAUGCUCUUUGCUGAGCGCUCAGAAGAAGACAUGCAUGCUAAACGGGCGGUUUGGCCGGGAGAUAACCAAACUCGGACCGCGUUUGCUCAGAGAGAAUGCGAAAACCUAGAGGACAUCGAGGUACCAUGCGCAAACCCACUUACAAUCAGGUCCGCACUUUCCUCUUCACGUGACAUCACAUUUCCCUCUCGCUCCCUCAUCCUCCAGACGAUGUCCUUUCUUCUAGGCCCCGUCUCUGGCGCCCUGGUCGCAGGCGGCCUCUACUACGGCUACUCGACCGUCAUGCAAACGCGCACCGAACAACACCGCAAAGACCUCCACAUCCUCUCCACCCGGCUGACGACCACACCGGCACUAAUGACUGCCCCUCCACCAGCCGCAUCUCGAAUCUCGCCGACGCCAUUCAGUGCCGUCCUCAAAGAGCGAUGGAAUCACGAAAUCGGCGCGCUCGUCGCUGAAGCCAGGACGUGGGAAGACAGGGCGGGGGACGAAGGACAAGGGAAUAUGAACGUUUCUGUGCUGUCAAGCUACUUUUGCUACGUGUCCUCUUUUGCGCGAAGAUCACAAGAUGGGCUUUCGGAAGAGGCAGAUAAAUAUAUUUCCCAUCCCAUAUGGCUAUUGUCGAAUUCGAAACGAUAG